AUGACUAGUAAGGUCACACUUAUAACUACUGUAAAUAUGGAAUUCAUCAUAGGAAGUUUAGGAAAUGCAUUCAUAGCACUAGUGAACAUCUUGGACUGGGUGAAGAAAAGAAAGAUCUCUUUGGUGGAUCAGAUCCUCACUGCUCUGGCCAUCUCCAGAACUGCUUUUCUGUUUUCACUGGUCACAACUUUGUUGGUAGCAUUACUGGACCCAGCUGCAAUGACAGUGAGAAGAGGAUUAAAAAUGCAUAUUAUCUCCUGGAUGGUGACCCAUCAUUUCAGUGUCUGGUUUGCUACAUUCCUCAGCAUCUUUUAUUUUCUCAAGAUAGCUAAUUUCUCAAAUUCCAUUUUUCUUACCCUCAAAUGGAAAGCAAAAAGAGUGGUAUUGAUAACACUGGUGGUGUCUCUGAUAAUCUUGUUUAUAAAUAUUAUAGUCAUAAAUAUACUCACUGAUGGACCUAAAGUAAACACACCCUACAGGUCUAGUUCCAAUAACACUGUAGACGUUUAUGUGCUCAUUUUACUCACCAACACGAUGUUCACACUCAUCCCCUACCCAGUGACCCUGAUUACUCUCCUCCUGCUCAUCUUCUCCUUGUGUAGACAUCUGAAGAACAUGCAGUGCCAUGACAAACGAUUCCGAGAUGUCAGCGCUGCGGCCCACAUAAAGUCCCUGCAAAGUGUGGUCACCUUCCUGUUAUUAUAUACCGUUUUUGUUAUGUCACUUCUUUUCCAGACUUGGAAUAUUAACUUCUACAAAAAAAAUCUUAUGGUUUUGUUUUUCUGGAGUACAACAAUAGCUUUUCCCUCGGGAUACUCAUGUGUCUUGAUUCUGGGAAACAGAGAGCUAAGGCAGGCCUUUCUUUCAGUGCUGUGGUGGCUGAGGUGUACAUACAAAUAUACAGAGAACUGA